CUGACCUGGAGACUAUCUUAAACGGGGAGUAAGAUUUGCAAUUAUGUUUCCUCAUUGGUAGCAUUCCGGUUUACCACUUUCCGUUUUUCGUAACCAAACUGAAGAGUUUGCUUGAAGGUGGUAGACACUGAUUCAGUAGAAAUACUAAAAGUGUCUUUAUUUUUAACUUACACAACGUUUCGGACAGUUGUAUCACUACCCGUUAUCACUUGAGUUUACACUUGAUAACGGGUAUUUGUUAUGUUAGAGUACUUCGCCUUAACUCUUACUGUCAACAGAGUAUUUUUUCCGUCUCUGUUCUAUUUUGUUGCAUACAUCUUUCUAUCAAUACGUUUUCAAUCUUUUUCAUCCUUUUUCAAAGUUAAAAUAAAAUUUUGAGUGCAAACGUAUUCAAACUGUUUUGAUAAGAUUCUGCGUUGAUACCGACUAAAUAUAAAGUCUCAUAACGUAUUGUUUUUCCAUCAAUCUACAAUAAUCAGUUAAUUAUUUAAUAUUGCUCUAUAUACAAUGCAUUACUUGGCGCUAACAUUUGGAGUUUUUGCUAUUUUGGGGCAAUCUCAAGGUGCGGACUCACCCCAAAUCACCCCCGUACAAGGAGGAAUCAGCGGUGAUGGGAUAACUACCAGAUAUUGGGACUGUUGUAAACCUUCAUGCGCGUGGACUUACGAAACCAACCAAAGUGUAGCCGUGCAGUCUUGCGAAAUUGAUGGUGCCACCCCGAUCAACGACCAAGCUCCCUCCGGAUGUGGACCUGAUGGUAUCGCUUACACUUGCAAUAAUCAACAACCGUGGGUGGUAAAUGACACCUUGUCUUAUGGAUUCGCAGCUGCUUCCUUUGUCGGUGGUUUAGAUAAUAGCAAAUGUUGUCACUGCGUUUUGCUGCAGUUCCAAGACCAACUGGCGGGCAAGAUGCUUCUCGCGCAGAUCCUCAACACGGGCGAAACCCUGUACCAGAACCAGUUUGAUUUGGUUAUACCCGGAGGCGGUGUCGGCGUGAACCACAGGGGAUGCGUGACGCAAUGGAACACCCCAGAAAACGGUUGGGGGGAGGAGUACGGUGGUAUUUCGACGGAGAACGAGUGCGACCAGCUGCCGAAAGUCCUACAACCGGGCUGCCACUGGCGUUUCACCUUUUUGGAGGGAGUGAGCAAUCCGAGCGUCAAAUUUUACGAGGUUGAGUGUCCCGCUGAGCUGCACGCCAUUACAAAAUGCGUGGCUUUGUAAAAGUUUAUUAUUAUAAAAAAACGUUUUUGUGAAAUAAUAGUUUUUAUUUGACUUGCACGCCCGAGUCGCAUCUCUAAAUAGGUAGUAACUAUAUAAAAGUAUAUCCUUAAUUUCAUGUUUAAAAUUGUUGUUUAAAAAAUUAAAAGAUUGCGGAAAUUGGACAUAAAGUUUUGUGUAGGGAGAGUCUU